AUCCACACAGGUUUGCAACACCAGAUAAUUUGGCCAUGCCAGCCCAGCUGUUUGCCAUUGGAUGAGAAACUCCUCCCAGAGCUACUUCAAGAGGCGGGAUACGUUACUCAUAUGGUGGGAAAGUGGCAUUUAGGGAUGUACAGAAAAGAAUGCCUUCCAACCCGCAGAGGAUUUGAUACUUACUUUGGCUAUCUUCUGGGAAGUGAGGAUUAUUAUUCUCAUGACCGUUGUGUUCUCAUCAAAGCGAAGAAUGUAACACGCUGCGCUUUGGACUUUCGAGAUGGAGAAGAAGUUGUAACUGGGUUUAAAAACAUGUACUCUACUAAUUUAUUUACAGAAAGAGCUGUAAAUCUUAUAGCCAAUCAUAAAACUGAGAAGCCCCUCUUUCUCUACCUCGCUUUUCAGUCUGUCCAUGAACCUCUCGAGGUCCCUGAAGAAUACAUGAAACCAUAUUCCUCCAUUAAAGAUGAAAAGAGGCGCCACUUUGCAGGGAUGGUGACUCUUAUGGAUGAAGCUGUAGGAAAUCUUACCGAUGCUCUGAAAAAAUAUGGUCUUUGGGACAACACCGUUCUUGUUUUCUCUACUGAUAAUGGAGGACAGACUUUGGCAGGUGGGAAUAACUGGCCACUGAGAGGAAGAAAAUGGACCCUCUGGGAAGGAGGAGUGAGAGGAGUAGGCUUUGUGGCAAGUCCUUUACUGAAACAAACAGGUGUCGAAAGUCAUGAACUCAUCCAUAUCUCUGACUGGCUGCCCACGCUGGUGCACCUUGCUGGAGGACAUACCAAUGGCACCAAGCCUCUGGAUGGCUUUGACAUUUGGAAAACCAUCAG